AUGUCCAACGAAAAUGUCAUUGUUUAUCGCUACGACACUUCACCUUAUUCUCAAAAGAUUGACCAUGUCCUAGCCUUGAAGAACAUUCCUCACGAGCAUGUCUCAAUGAUGCUUCCUCGCCCUGAAAUUGCCGACCAGUUGGGAAUAAACUACCGCCGCAUACCCAUACUCGCCAUUGGAAAUGAUGUUUAUUGCGACACUGGGCACCGCCUACACUGGAAAGGCGCUUCCCCCCGUCAGCCACACAAGGCACAAUUUAUCCUGGCCCCAAACAUAGCGAGGGUAAAGAAGGUGCAACUAAAGGAGCCUGGAGGACUCGUCACGGCGUUCUCAAAAUUUUACACCGACAAUGUGUUGUUUCCGCUGAUAGUGAGCGUAUUGCCUUGGGAGGCCUCCCCUCCAGCGUUCAUCGAAGAUCGCGCCAAGACCAAGCUCGAUUUCCCUAUUUUCCUCGCAUUUGGUAAGGCUCAUAAUAACUUUGUCGCCCAUCAUCCUUUGCCAUUCUCAUCCGACCAACCCCAUAAUCAUCGUCAGCUUCUCCCGGAAGAGCAGCUAAGCGACUCCCGCGAAUGGCUUUCGGACACCAAGGCUUUAAGCCUCACCGAUAUAUCCCGAAGUGUAUUGGACUUGUAUGCCAUUGGUAUUAUGGACUUGUAUGCCACUGGUGUUGUGGACUUUCCAGCCACUGGUCUGUGGGCUUACGGCGCUAGUCUGGUGAAGAAGGGACUUCGGUACGCCAUUGGUUACGAUGGACAUACGCCCAGGGUUUUUCAGUAG